AUUACGUAAUAGGGACCGAUCACAUGACGACCACUCGCCUAGUGGGCAUGCGCGUCGCUCGGACGGGGCAGUUGUCUAUUGUUUGUGGCCGGAAUCGUGGGGCGUUAAGAUGUCAGGAUUUUUAGAUAACAUCAGAUGUCCAGAAUGUGAAUGUAUCGAUUGGAGUGAGAAACGAAAUGCCAUUGCAUCCAUAGCUGCUGGUGUUUUGUUUUUCACAGGCUGGUGGAUUAUUAUCGAUGCUGCUGUGAAGUACCCUGAUAUGGAAAGAUUCAACCACUCCUACCACACCUGCGGUGUUAUAGCAACACUUGCAUUUCUCAUGAUAAAUGCUGUUUCAAAUGGACAAGUUCGGGGUGAUGGCUACAGUGAAGGUUGUAUGGGCCAGACAGGGGCUCGAGUCUGGCUGUUCAUUGGAUUCAUGUUGGCAUUUGGAUCCCUUAUUGCAUCUAUGUGGAUUCUUUUUGGAGGUUAUGUAGUCCCACGAAAGUCUGAUGUUUACCCUGGUAUAGCUGUUUUCUUCCAAAAUGCAUUUAUCUUCUUUGGAGGUCUGGUCUUCAAGUUUGGGCGCACAGAGGAUCUGUGGCAGUAAAUGUCCAACAGAUGCAGUACAUUAGGACACUUUCAUUAUCCUGUAGCAGUCCUCCUACAUUUGUUUGAAUUUUCUUUAUCACUAAGUUUACAUGUCAUAAUGCUACAAUUUACCCUUAAAUUUGUCACUAGUAUUUGACUUUGUAAUGGAUAUAUAGCUUGCUUUUAAAGGUGCACUAUCAGAAUGAAUGAUAUAAUUGAAAUGUGAAGUUGGAACAGGAUUCAGAAUUAUUGUAGAUUGAAGCAGGGCGUGAAUUUUUAAUAAGGGAUACAAGUUUCCUGGCAAAGCUUAAAUGGUGAGUUGCAGCACGGUGCAAACUGGUUUUCAUAGCAACCCUCUGCUACAAUCUCUUAAUAUUUUCCUCAGCAGUCAUUGUUCUUAAUUUCUUAUUGUCCAUUACAGCAUUGGCACUUAGGGCAGCAAUGAAAGUCCUUGGAAAUUGCACAGAUGUAAAAGGAUUCUUCAUUGCUGUUUUACCAACAGCUUUGUUUGACUAAACAGGGUUGUUAGCCCUGCACUGAACCCCCAGACCUGGGGGACCGGUGGACCACUCUUAAUCUGGCCUCUACCCUUUGACCUGCUUAGUGUGGGUGACCCGACCAAGAGCCAAAGCACAAGGCCCUGACUCUCGCCAGCAGAGCUCUCCAGGUCAUUGAGGCACGCAAGCCUCCAAACGAUAUCGAGGUUGUGGUCCCCUUGGAGGAUUGUUCCUAAUAGUUCCAUAGAAGUUGGUAGAGGUGUGACCAUGGAUAUGUUACAAAGCUGCUUGACAGUUGGGAAUGUCUGACGGAGCUGCUUUGCAAUUUUGACUAUAUUGAUUGGAGAGUAGGCCCCAGACUCAGUAAAAUGGAGCUGAGCAGAGAUGGUGGCAACCUAGUUAAGAAUCAGACAUGUCAUGAAAGAAGCUGUUGUCCUACUUGCAUUGGAAUUUCUUGAUUUAUCAGAUGUCACGAGAAAACCAUCAUGAAGUGAGGUAGUUCCUAUUUCUAACUGUUUCAAAUUGGAGAGAGUUUCAGUUCUUCACAAAAGUUGGAGAAAACCCAAGGUCUGAACCUAGUUGUACCACAUAAUAUUUUCCUCCUAAUUUUUGGACUGGAAAACUACAUUAUGAUAUAAAUGUCAUUUUGUAACAUCAGAGACUUCCAGGAAACUCCUGCCCAAUGUAUUUCAAAUUCGAAGCAGCAUGGUAGUGUAGUGGUUAGCGCUAUACAGCAAAAACAACCCAAGUUCAAUUCCCACCACUGCCUGUAAGGAGUUUGUAUGUUCUCCCCGUGAUCUCAUGAGUUUCCUCCAGGUGUGCGUUUUCUCCCAUAGUCCAAAGAUAUACUAGUUUUUAGGUUAAUUGGUCAUUGUAAAUUGUCUUGUGAUUAGAUUAAAACUGGGGUUGCCAGCUGGUGUAGCUCGACAGGCAGGAAGACCCUAUUCUGCGCUGUAUCUCGAUAAAUAAAUGCAAAAAAAGCUUCUGUAUAUAAAAAGAUAACUAAUUUGUUGCACCUUGCAUGAUGAUCUAGUGCUUUGCCAUGAAACAUUUUUGCAAUCCAGUCGCCAUUGUAAGUUUAUCCACUAAUCAUGAUUCCAUAAAUACCAAGUGAAGAUUUUGCAUUUUUCAGCUUAAACUCUUAUGUUGAAACUGUGGUGAUGUGCUGAUCACCUGCACCACAUUUAAUAUUUCAAAGCUAUCAUGCUUUGUAGAGAAUAUUUAGAUCUAUCUCAUUCUCCCCAUUUUCAAAUCGCUUAAAUCCAUUUAUGAAUUCAGUAUAAAGCCAACAGCAAUGAGAAAUUUGGUUAAGUAACAAUGCUUAUUUGAUUUGACAGAUGUAUUUGGUUUUCUAUUACAGUCAUGUACACUCCUAUUGUCUAAAUUAAUAUUCUUGCCAUUGAUUAUGAGGAGGUUGUAUGUUCUCCCCGUGACUGUGUGGGUUUCCUCCGGGUGCUCCGGUUUCCUCCCACAUUCCAAAGGCCCUACUGUUUAGUAGGUUAAUUGGUCAUUGUAAACGGUCCCGUAAUUAGGCUGGGGUUAAGUCGAGGAUUGCUGGGUGGUGAGACUUGAAGGACCAGAAGGACUGAUUCUGCACUCUAUCUCAAAUAAAUCAAUAAUAAAUAGGCAUUGAGGACAACACUGCAGAUUGAAUAAGCAGUAUUGACAUCCUUCAAAUGGAUUAAGCAAGGUUUGCAAGUCCUGUGCACUGUUAGGUGUGAUGGGAAGAAAGAUUCUGUAACUACUUAGCAGGUGGGCGACAUCAGUGGCGACGGAAGUGAGACCAAAUUUGAGCCCAGGGCCCCGUUUUGUUUCCUCUUUCGAGCACCUGCACUUUUUUCUUAUGCUCCAUUUAUCUACGAUCCUGAUUGCGCAGUGUGUAGAGAGCUGAUUAUUCAUUUUGCUCUCCUCUUAAGUUUUACAUUUUAAAAAUUACGGCAAAAGAUUAGCAAUGCUGCUUUUUUUGUAUAUUCCUCUUCUGUACAUAAUUUAGUUUUGCACACAAAUGCAAUGCAGACUUAAGUUUAAUGCAAUGAUCUUUCUACUGGCAAGUUAUCAUGAAACUGACAAGUAUUUUAAUGACUUGCUACUUUGUGUAAUUGAUAUUUAAUUUGUGAUGUAUACAUGCUAUGUAACAGUUACUAUUGUUAAAAUCAGUUUAAUUAAAGCCAAAUUUCAAAGCUC